UACAGCUGCACAGCUACGCGGCGAUACCAUCACUUAACUCUCGCACUCCCUCUCACUCGUUCCUGCCUCCCUUUCAUCUCUGCCAUCUGUCUAUCUCCUCCUUCGAAUCAAUAAUGAUCGCUCUUCACGUUGUUUAACUUGUUUUCGUUGUGGUCUCUGCGUUCUCCAAAAUAAUGGCUAAAGGUUCAGACGAAAACGUUGACGAACUUCGUCAGAGGUUGGACCAAAUGAAGAGGAUGAUGGCUGAAAGGAACAUGAUGGAAGAUGAGUACCGCAGGAACAACCGGAAUUCCGGUAUCGUAGAUGGUAGUCUGUUGGGAUUCGUAUUUGGAAGUGCACUGGUUGUUAUUAUGGCAGUCAGCGUUUAUGCAUUCUACAAUCUAUAUAAUGCUAUCAUUAAAAAGUUUACUACUAAACAUGAUGAAUUGUAAUUUAUUUCAAUAAAUUCUAAAGACUGUUUGACUUUUGGAAAUAUGACAAUUAAAGAAAUGUAAUAAUUUUCUAUGUUUUUCGUUCGUGUCGUUUUGUAAAUAAAAUUUU